CCGGAUCACGAGGGUUGUCAGAAAGCUUAAAACUCGACCGAAACGCUGCAAAAGCAGAACUGUUUGGUUUGUUGUUGUGAACUUGUAGCUAGUUAGAUUUUUUAUUUAUUUAUUAUACACUAACGAUACAUCAUCAACGCUAUUGAUAUCAUGGAUGCGUUUCACAGACAUCGUUCUCUUCACAAGGGGACGACUCCACCAUGGAAGGAAACCUACAGGAAGCGUUGCGUGGACAGGUUGAAGAACAGCCGAUCCAGGUUACUGGAGAAGUACCGUCAGAUGGGAGAUGGUCAACACUGCAGCGCCAAGGGCUCUGUUUUCGUCCAGGAGGUGAUGGAGGAAGAGUGGAACGCGCUUCAGUCAGCCAACCGAGGGCUGCCCUCCCUGUGGCGUAACGACGGACUGGAAGAGAUGUACAGUGUCAUGAAGGAGUAUGAUGAACUGGCAGUGUUCGAAGAAAUCCAACAGGAACUUAUGUCACAAGAGCUCUCCAUCAUUGAGGAAUAUGAGAAAAGCAUGCGGAUUGAGGAGCAGUACUUGAAUUCAGUUGUGGAAGGACUGGAAGGGGGAAGGCAAAUCAUUUGUCCCAUAUGUCAUUUGCACAACCUAACUGUGAACAGCCAUUUUACCUCCUGUCCCUGUGGGCUUUACAUCAACACAAGGCAAAGCAACGUGACCCCAGAGUCUCUGCAGUGUUUGUUGGAGAGGAGGGUAACUGAACACAUGGAGGAUUGUCUUCAGAACCCGGUCUUCUCCAUGGCCUCCAAUGCAGAUAGCUCCCCUAACCUCAUGAUGAGCUGCAAGGCUUGUGAUUACCUGUCCAUAGUUCUGUGAAUCACCCGUCCUACCGGGGGGGAAAAGCUGAUUUUUAACCCUCCUGUGUCCGUGGGAGGAUUUUUGUUCUCUGAAAUAAAGACUAUAUUUGUA